UUGGACUGAAUAAGAAUGUGCGACAGAUGAGAUGCAGAAUGUUCCAGAUAGAUGAUUGACUGAUUGGCAUCGCGAUGAAAUAUUGAACGGCGGUGUCAAAACUCGCUGGAGGUUUUGAUUAGAUUCGUCUCUGAUGCUGCACAAGUGGAACACUCGCAAUCAAUAGACCGUGACUAAACUUUUAAAUGAAAGUGUCCAAUCUCCGCCCAGCUCUUGUCAACACCACAACGCUCAGGUAAUUGGUGUAAUCGGUGCGAGUGCUUCCCGGUUCGUCUUCGUCUCGCUGCUGAAUGGCCUCAGCUCACCAAAGGCAACCAGGGAGGGAGAGGAGAGGAGCGAGGUAGAAACUAGGGCACUGUUAUCUGGCCCCUUUUUACCAACCAUCAGGCACAAAGCAGAGAAAGAGAAAGAAGGCGCCUCGGACAGGAGAGCAGAGCGAGGACGCCAACAGCGAAGUGGAGCUGGAGACGAGACGGGGAACCUCCGGAGUCAACAACCACCGCUGAGCACCUGAAGACAAACAACACAGCGGCAACCUUGACUGUCCUGCGCAGCCUUUCCAAUCACACACACUCUCAUCUGCGCGCACACACACACACACACACACACACACACACACACACACACACACACACACACACACACACACACGUGCAAACACGCACAAACGUCAGGCGGCAACAUGUUUGACGAGCAGGCGACCAAGGUCAAGAUCACGUCGGUGGUGAUCGUGGUGGGAAUGUCGUCGAUGCUGGCGGCGGUGGUGACUGACCACUGGGCUGUGCUCAGCCCCCGAGUGGAGAAGCUCAAUGCCACCUGCGAGGCGGCCCACUUCGGCCUCUGGAGGCUCUGCAAAAAGAGCAUCUUCAUCGUGGAGGAGGACCCUCAGGGCAAAGGCUGCGGUCCCAUCAGCUUACCUGGAGCAAAAAACUGCUCCUACUUCAAACACUUUACAUCGGGGGAGGAAGCUGAAGUUUUUGAAGUCAAGACCCAGAAAGAGUACAACAUCUCAGCGGCAGCCAUCGCCAUCUUCAGCUUGUUCUUCAUGAUCCUCGGCUCCCUGUGCGUCAUCUUCUCCUUCGGGAAGGGCCGGGACUACCUGCUCCGGCCUGCUGGGAUGUUCUUCGCCUUCGCAGGCCUCUGCAUCAUCAUUUCUGUCGAAGUGAUGCGUCAGUCCGUCAAGCGCAUGAUCGACAGCGACGAGACCAUCUGGAUCGAGUACUACUACUCCUGGUCCUUCACCUGCGCCUGCGCCUCCUUCACUCUCCUCAUCCUCAGUGGCGCCGCCCUGCUGCUCAUCUCGAUGCCCCACAUGCCCCGCAACCCCUGGGAGACCUGCAUGGACGCCGAGCCCGACACCUUGGAUUAGCUGUAGGCAGUGUAAUGAAACAAAAAAAAAAACAAAAAAAAAAACUAUAAAAACACAGCUGGUUGUGCAUAUUUUAAUCCUUUAACUAUCUACAGUGCCAUGAAAAAGUAUUUGCCCCCUUCUCAAAUUCUUCUUUUUUUGCAUAUUUUCUCCACUUUAAUGUUUAAGAACAGCAAACAAAUUUAAAUAUCAGGCCAAUACAACCCAAGUAAACACAAAAAGCAAUUUUUAAAUGAUGAUUUUUUUUUUUAUUAAGGGAAAAAAAACUAUUCAAAGCUACCUGUUCCUGUGUGAAAAAGUAAUUGCGCCUUAAACCCAAUAAGUGGUUGGGCCACCCUUAGCAGCAACAACUGAAAUCAAGUGUUUUCUAGAACUGCCAAUGAGUCUCUCACAUCUCUGUGGAGAUAUUUUUGUCCAAACUUUGCAGAAUUGUUUUAAUUCAGCAAAACUGGAGGGUUUUCCAGCAUGAACGGCCUUUUUAACCCUCGUGUUGUCGAAAUUGACCCGUUUUAGGAUUUCGUUUGGAAGAUUUUUACUCAUUUUUUGAAAAUAUUUACAUGAAUUUUCUUGCCAAAUUUGGGGGAUUUUUUAUUAUUUUUUUUUUUAAAUAAAACUUUCAAGGUAAACUUUUAAGGAAUUAUUGGAAUUUUCUUCCUGAAAGUUUUGCAAAUUUUCAGAAAUUUGGGGAAUUUUUUUGCUGAAUUUUUGGAUUUUUUUCAGACAAAGAAACAAUAUUUUUCUGGGGUGCCCAUAAGUGAAGACAACAGGAGGGUUAAAGUCCUGCCAGCAUUUCAAUCAGAUUCAAGUCCAGAGUUUGACUCGGCCACUCCAGAACCUUCAUUUAGUUUUUUUUCAGAGCUGUUCAAAAGUCAACUUGCUGGUGUGUUUUGGAUCAUUGUCCUGCUGCAGAACCCAGUGAGCUUCAGCUUGAAGUCACAAACUGAUGGCCAAACAUUCUCCUUCAGGAUUUUCUGAUAGAGAACAGAAUUCAUGGUUCCAUCAAUCACAGCAAGUCGUCCAGGUCCUGAAGCAGCAAAGCAGCCCCAGACCAUCACACUACCACCACCAUGUUGACUGUUGGAAUGAUGUUCUUUUUCUAGAUGUAACGAGACACACAUCUUCCAAAAAGCUUAACUUUCAUCUCAUCAGUCCAUAGAAUAUUCUCCAAAAGUCUUGGGGAUCAUUCAGAUGUUUGUUUGCUAAAGUAAGACGAGCCUUCAUGUUCUUCUUGGUCAGCAGUGGUUUUGGUCUUGGAAUUCUGCCAUGGAUCCAUUUCUGCUCAGUCUCUUCCUUAUUGUGGAGUCACUGACCUUAACUGAGGUUAGAGAGGCCUGCAGGUCUUUAGAUGUUGUCCUGGGUUCCUUUGUGACCUCCUGGAUGAGACGUCGCUGUGCUCUUGGGGUAAUUUUGGUAGUGAAGGUUCUCCACUGUUCCAUGUUUUCUCCACCGUGGUUCUCUGGAGUCCUAAAGCUUUAGAAAUGGCUUUGGAAUCCUGAUUUCUUGACUGAACAGGUCUGCAGGUAAUCAGGCUUGGAUGUGGGCAGUGAAAUUGAGCUUGCUUUCCAAAAAAUGUGAUUAGCCACAGUUAAUUCACGAUUUAACCAGAGGGGCAAUUACUUGACACAGGGCAGGUAGAUUUGGACAGCUUUUUACCCUUAAAGCAUUUAAUCAUCAUUUCAAGACGGUAUUUUUGGUUUAUUUUGGUUAUCUUUGUCUGAUAUUUAAAUUUGUUUGGUGGUCUUAAACAUUUAAGGUCAUAAAAUAUUCAAAAAAAUAACAAUUUGCAAAGGGGGCAAAUACUUUUUCAUGGCACUGUAUAUCAUGCAUUACUUGUACAGGAAUAAGAAAAGUACACUUUUAACAACUGAAACUAAAAUAAGAAGUCUAUUUUCCAAAGUUGUAAAGCGUUUUUAGUCUGAUUUCACACCUUCUGUGUCCAUUAGUUUCUGUUCUUGUUAGUAAAAAGCUUGGUAAAGCAUUUAGAGGAAGGGAUUAUGUUGUCGGUGAGUUUAAGAGCUAAGAAAUAAUUAAGCAACCUGUCAAAAAAUGGCCUUUAUACUACAAUUUCCAACCUCAUGCUGUUGUUUUCUCUCAUGUAAUUAUUGUUUGAGACAGUUUAUGAACCUACUGUAGCUUAGAAACACAUUAUUUUUUUCAUGUUUAGGCCAUAAGUAAUUAAAAGUAAGUAAAAUUUCCAAUAAACUAUAAGACUACUUGUACUUUUGCAAAUAACUGUUUCUGUAUUUUAUUCUCCUUUUUGGUUAAAUAAGCAGAAAAGCCCAGGAAGGUAUUUUACAGCUAAAAAAGUGUGUUUUUUCCUUCAACCACCGUGUCUGUAAGCAUUGUUUUUUAUUCUUUAUUCUCUCAAUAGCAGAUACCUGAAAAAAGAAAAAUGUGAAUCUAGGGACAGAGUUAUAUUAAUUUUAGCAUCAUAUGGAAAAUCAGGAUGCCUCCAUGUCGAUGUUGAUGCAUUUUUCCCCCCAAAGACCCUGAAAUAAACGACUGUUAA